AGGCCUAUUGAUCUAUUUAACAGAAGCAAUGGAAUCCAAUGUGUUGAAGAGAUCAUGACGGUGGCGGACGAAGCAAUAAUAAUAUCGGUAGUGGCGACGAUGAGCGAUGGUGGUGCCGGUGUUCAAGAGUGGCAACAACGUUGGUGAUUAGUAAUGCAUAUGGUAGGGGACUACAUGAGAGAAUGCAAGAAAGUUGGAGAAAUUGCAGUGGUGGAGCUCCGAUGUGAAUGUGAUAGAGUACUCACUACGAGAGCUAUGGAGUCUUCGAGCUCUUCUUCUUCUGCAGGAGGAUCAUUGAAGAGAAGAAAAUUGGUGUCCAACUCUGAUGAUGAUCAGCUCGUGAGCAGCAAUUCGCCGGAGAUCUUGGUGUCGCCGGCCGUGGAGGAUUCAGGUUGUGUUCUGCUGUCUCGGUGCUCGAGCACUGAGUCGAGCCAGUUUGUGAAACAUGAAUUGAGAUCUGUAGAUCUGAAGGUUGAACUUGAAGCACACGCCAACAGCGGUUUCGAAAACGAGAUUUCAACGCUCGUUAGCUGUAGAUUCAGUAGAGAGACGACUCCGUCAAGCGACGAGAUGGAGUCUUCAACAGCAACGAAGCGAUCCACGGCGAGUCUCCGGCGGAAACAUCCAGAGGCGAAGAUGCCGGCGGCGGCGGAGAUCGAGGAGUUCUUUUCGGCGGCGGAGAAGUACGAGCAAAAGCGAUUCGUAGACAAGUACAACUACGAUGUAGUGAAGGACGUUCCAUUGGAGGGUCGGUACCAGUGGGUUCGAUUAAAGCCAUGAUGAUGAUCAACCAGAAAAAGAGAAGUGAAAUUGAGGACAGUUUUGAAAGUGACACGAGAGGACCCAGCAAAAGAAAGGAAAAAAGAACACCAAAGGCAGCUUUAUUCUUGCAGGAAAGUAGUCUUUAGUUGUAUUUACAGCUUUUCUAUAUAUCUAUGUGUAAGAAGCUCUUCGAUUGAGGUGUACCACAUUCAGAGAAGCUUCUUCUGGGAUAUAUAUAUAUAUAUAUAUGAACCAUCUUCAAUGAAAAUUUACAAAUUUUGAGAUAUAUAUUCUUCUC